AUGGAGAAGCUAGUAUUUUUGUUUAUACUUGCUUUUGCGGGUGCAGAAGUCGUAUAUUUCAUCACGGGAAAUGAUAAUCUCGACGUGGACCCUAUUAUUGGGAAUGUUACACUGCUUCAAACUUAUGUUGACUGCUUCCUUGAUAAAGGACCUUGUUCCGAACUCCAGGAAAGUUAUAAAAGAAAUAUGGUUGAAUCCGUAGAAGGAAUUUGUAAUAGAUGCAGUCCAUCUCAAAAAAAAAUGUUCAGACGUUUUCUGGACGGUCUUAAAAAAGUUCUACCAAAAGAAUAUGAAAAGUUCAAACUUAAAUAUGAUCCGAAAAACCAGUACUUCGAUGCUUUAGAAGAAGAAUUAGCUAAAUUUAUA